AUGUCCGAAGAAGAGGAGAUCGUGUAUUCUCCGCAUGUUGCGGCGGCUAUGCAGUCUCUGAUUUUGUUCACAAUGCUCGUGAGCACGGGUCUGAUGGUCAUCUCGAUUGUGACCGCCUACAAAGUGCGGAAGGGAAAUAAGGAAAUCAAGUUGAAGGAGCUGGUCGAGAAGACGGUAAUGGACCUGAAGAAGGAGCGAGACAAGUUGGAGGUCAAACCGUGAGUUCUUCACGAGCCUUAUUAGGAGAAUUCUCAUUAAUUAUUUGUCAAAAGAUCAUAAUUUUUGGCUAUUUUUGUAAUGGAUAAUACACUGCUCCACGAAAUGAUAGACGCACCCUGUUUUUAGCGAUUAUCUUCCUUGUACUAAAUGAUAUCGAAUUAUGUUCAACAGAUGAAAUGUGGCAAAUUAAACGAGAAUUCAUGUCCCGUAGCGAUUUUGGAACAAAAUUUUGCCUUGACUGAGAUAUGACAUUUUUAGACUUUUUUGGGGUCCACAAAAUGAUAGACGCAAUUAAGUAAUUUUUUGUUUAUUUAAAAGAAUUUUGAGUUAACCUGCUCUUAUUACACUUCCUCGUGUUCUCUGUCGUAUUAGAAAGGUAAUUACAUUUAUAUCCGCUGUACUUCAUCGACGCAGUGGCCUUAUGAGCCAUUUCCGACCUUGUACAUGGGGUAAAAAUUCGUUUGAAAAAAAAUUUGAUUAACGAUUUUGCUUUCGCCAAAAAACCAUCUUAAACCAUCAUAGAUUACUAGUUGCAAAUAUAAGACAUAAAAUAAACCAAUACCGAUUCGCUUGAAGUCAUUUAAUCGACCAUUAAGUUACCGUAUACCUUCUACAGUAACCUUCAAAGGCUCUAAAAGUACAGAAGAUUACUAUCGAUGUCAAUUUUUUGCUCAGAAAAUCAAACUCAGCAUGUUAACAAACCUAAAACCGCAACUUAUUGCCUGCUUAAAUGUCAUGAUGAUUGACAGAUGAUUGAUUAAAGAUAAACGUGUAAAAACAAGCCUAUUUUUGUGAACUUUUUUUUGUCGAACGACGUUACCGACUAAAGGUAUUCUGUAACGGCGGAUGAUUAAAACAUUACGUUUUCAGGCAUGCUCAGUUCGAAUUUGCAAAUUAAAUUUUGUCAUUCUCUUUGAUCGCCUUGGUAUUUCGGGGGUCUAAAAGUAUUAAGGUAGCUAGUUGUUGAAGAUGAUAUGCCAAGAAAAUGCUCGGGAUCCUUGAGCAAGCCGUUUUUUUCAUCAGUGAGAUCUACACGUAUAAUGUGAUAGUAUUAGCUAGUUUUUCGCCCAAGAAAACAGAAUCACCUACAGUUUUUUUCAAACCGAAUAUUUACCUCAUGUACAAGGUCGGAAAUGGCUCAUAAGGCCGCUGCGUCGAUGAAGUACGGCGGAUAUAAAUGUAAUUACCUUUCUAAUACUACAGAGCACACGAGGAAGUGUAAUAAGAGCAGGUUAACUCAAAAUUCUUUUAAAUAAACAAAAAAUUACUUACAAGGGAAGUACUUGAAGUGUGACGCUCAGAUUUUGAUGAAACUUGGCACAAAUUUAGAAUAUUUUUUUCUAAGAUAUAUGCGGGAAUCCUAGCUCGCGCUUUGCAGAAACAACCGAGAUUUUUAGAUCGAAAGUCGGCGAAAAUUUUGGACUUUUUGCCGAAUUUCGGCACGAAAAGUUUCAUGCCUAUUUCAACCGUAAAGAAUAAUGUUUCUACAAAAAAUCAAAUUUUUCCGCACGAAACUGCCAAAGUUAUGGCCAAAAAGCGGUUUUCUCUCUGACCGCUCUCCACGUUGAGCUUGCUCUCUCGGCGGCAAAAAUCGUUCAAUAUCUCGGCGGCGCCCGCAAAGCGCGAGCUAAAACUUUCAGGAAUUGAUAUUUAGUCCAUACCCGAUGUGUGUGCAAAAUUUAAAGAAAAUCUGAGCGUCACACUUGAAGUACUUCCCCUGUUAAUUGCGUCUAUCAUUUUGUGGACCCCAAAAAAGUCUAAAAAUGUCAUAUCUCAGUCAAGGCAAAAUUUUGUUCCAAAAUCGCUACGGGACAUGAAUUCUCGUUUAAUUUGCCACAUUUCAUCUGUUGAACAUUAUUCGAUAUCAUUUAGUACAAGGAAGAUAAUCACUAAAAACAGGGUGCACUGCGGGUCGGGUCAAGUUUUUUUCAUGGGGUGGUCAAGUCUUUCCCCUAAUAUUAUUUUUUCCCCGAAAUUCAGACUGUUAUAUGGGAGGUUAAUCAAGGUAAAUCUGGUCAGUUCUUGUUGAUUAUUUCAAGAACAAGUCUUAUUCUAUUUUUAGAAAUCAAAUUUGAUUGAAUUACGGUGUGGGUUUGCCUCAAUUUUUAGCAUUCUUUGGGGGUAUGUAUUCUAUACCUAAAUGAUCAAUUGUGAGACAGUUUCAAGUCUGAUUUACGAUAUCGUUUCCAUUUCACCUUCGGACGUACGCCACCUGUCCAAUAAAGGUAAGUAACUGUGAAUCUGGUAGUCCGUUUUCUAGUAAUUAAAGAUUUUGUAUAUUAUACUAGGUACUUUUGAAGAUUUUUGUUGAGAUUUGCCAAGUUUUCGGCCUGGAUUAGAUUAUUUAGCGUAAUAUUGGUCUCUAGUGCCUAUAAAAACGUAAGUGGACAGGUUUCUCCUUCUCUUUUAGACUUUUUCUUUGUGUCCAAAGUUGAUGCAGAUUUUAGGUAGAGAUGAAAUUCAACGCCCAAACUAUGCGGAAUUUUCAUAAAAAUCAAAGAAAAUACUUUCGAGGAUCAUCAAGCGAAGCAAAAAUGUGUUUGAGACCAAUCUAGCGUUUUUUUCAGGCGGAUGUUAUACAUGAUCCCUGUAACGUAUAACAUCUGGAUCACAUCUGUGAAGACCUCUGGUGAUGGAAAACGUGGUUAGGACAGUAAAAUUAAUAUGUUGGACGUGAUUUUGAGGGAAAACCAGGCAAAUCCCGUACAAAAUUUUCUGAAUAACCUAGAAUAAUAUACAAAAUCUUUAAUUACUAAAAAACGGACUACCAGAUUCACAGUUACUUACCUUUAUUGGACAGGUGGCGUACGUCCGAAGGUGAAAUGGAAACGAUAUCGUAAAUCAGACUUGAAACUGUCUCACAAUUGAUCAUUUAGGUAUAGAAUACAUACCCCCAAAGAAUGCUAAAAAUUGAGGCAAACCCACACCGUAAUUCAAUCAAAUUUGAUUUCUAAAAAUAGAAUAAGACUUGUUCUUGAAAUAAUCAACAAGAACUGACCAGAUUUACCUUGAUUAACCUCCGAUAUAACAGUCUGAAUUUCGGGGAAAAAAUAAUAUUAGGGGAAAGACUUGACCACCACAUGAAAAAAACUUGACCCGACCCGCAGUGGGGUGCGUCUAUCAUUUCGUGGAGCAGUGUAUAUUUUACAACUGCAAGCCCCUUUUCUAUUAUUUACUCUGAAUUUUACAGAAUCAACUACUAG